AUACACACCGCACAUCGCAGUAUAAGCAACACACACGAUUUAACAACGAUACGACGAAGACACAACUUGGAUUUAUACUAUCAAACACGACAACAGCAUGUCUACAGAGCUGUUUCAGUCAGCUUUUUAUGAUGUUGGGGAUUUAUUAUAUAAACAGCAGAGAAAGAAUUUGCUGAAGAAUCAGAUGAACGAGAGACGUGCGACAGUUACAGCAGCCACGAUGUCGACCACUGUCGUUAAACCUAGGACCAUGUCAACGAAUUCCUUCAUUCCGAUCGGAGGUCAAGCUCCCUCGUCCGUGUCUCCCCCGGGCAGUGAGUCCUGUCUCCUCAACAACCAAGAAUCCCUCCACCGUAAAUUGGACAGAAGUAUGAGUGAACCUGGUGCUACUUUAAAUUCGACCACAGCUAGACAACAAACUCAAAAUGUGAAUUCAAGUCGUUACAAAACGGAGUUAUGCCGUCCAUUCGAGGAAAGUGGCCACUGUAAGUACGGUGACAAAUGUCAGUUUGCUCAUGGUGCUCACGAACUUCGAAACUUGAAUCGUCAUCCCAAAUACAAAACGGAACUGUGUCGUACAUUCCACACUAUUGGAUUUUGUCCGUAUGGACCCAGAUGUCAUUUCAUUCACAACGACGAAGAAAGAAAUCAGAACGUCAACCAAAAUCGCCCUCCAAAUCACCCAGCAAUGAUGACCGCAUCCACAACAGUUCAACAACAGAAUUUCCCGUCUCACAUGGACCAUUUAUCUCAGGUUAAGCGCCCAACAAGUUUCAGUUCUAGUUGCAAUGGAUCUCUAGGUUCAAGUUCCGAAUCACUUUCAUCCAGUGCGAGUGACUCUCCGAGCCUAAGUCCCAUUUUCUGGGGAAAUGAUGACAUUUUCAGGGAUUUUUCUUCAUCCUCGCAGUAUUCCAGUAGUGGAUCUAGCAGCCCGGUGUUCGAUUAUUCGGCGGAUCCAGCUUCUUCAUUGGCGGCUAGUCUCCUUACUCCUUUGAAUGUGCAAACCGCCGCUACUACCGCCAAUCAAAAUCUCGCCUCGGAAAUUAACAUUCUUCAGCAACAGAUAAAUGUAAUCAUGAACCUUUCAAACCAAUGCAAUGAUAACCACAGUGUGUUCGAUAGCGCCACCUCGUGGGAUCUCGCGCCCCCCGCGCCCCAUUCCCCUCCCGACAGUAUUUCGGGGGACAGUCUCGGCAGUGCCUCUAGUGGAAGUUGUGGAAGCAUUAACACUUGUGGCUCUCCUUUGGACGUAAGCAAAUCUUUGCGUCUUCCUAUUUUCAACAAACUUUCUCAAGACGAUUAAAUAAAUGACGAAGAGGGAGACAUCGACAAGCUGAAAUUCGCACAAAAACUGUUUGCCAAAUAGACUUUAUGCCGACUCAAAUGCUUGACUAAAUUGCAGGUUAUUUGUUUUUUUUCUGUUCUAAAACUCAAGGUAGAAAGCCUUGUUAAAGAUUUUUCUGUUGAAUGUUACGUUGUUUGAUUACGAUACACAGAUCUUCUAGGAUUUGUAAGGAAAGUUUGAAUGUUUGUGAAUUUUUUUGACAAAGUAGUUGAAAUCAUUUAUACUAUGCAAAUUCUUGUCCGAAUGACUUUAUAACUAGGUCACGUUUGUGAUCAAUGAUUUUUUGUGGGAUCCAAUUUUCAUUUUUUCUUCAGUCUCGUGCUAAAACAUUUACAAUAUCGUUUUGUGGUGUAAACAGGAAUCCAUUGUUUGUUUUGCAUGUAUAUUUAUUUUUUGCACAGGUUUAUAAGACGAUUUGUGCUUCAUUCUAAGGCAUUUAUCAAAUCAUCACUUUCCGUUCUAACUUAUCAACUUAUUUAAUUCAAGCGAUGUACUUCAAACAUUGAAUUAUUUAUUGAUGCAUUUUCACGAGUUAUUUAAGUUCACAACUGUGUGAGAGGAGAGAGUGUUGUGGACCGAGAGAAAAGUUUUAUAUCUAUAUAUAUUAUAUUGUUUUUUAUUUCGUUAAAUUAUGAAGUCGCCAAAGAUAUGGUUUAUAUGUAUCUUUCAUUCGAACGUUCAUAAAAUCCAUAUUGUGUAUAUUUUCAUUGUGUAUUUAUGGCCCAAAAAGGUCUAUUUUUCAUUUGAAUGCCAAUUAAAUUAAUGAAAGCUUUAA